UCCAAACAGUAGUAAGCAGUCAUGCCAAUCAUUGAAGAGAUCACAGAGGAAGAGGCCCAACGGCUAUCCCAGAAUCCUCCACAGGGGUCAGGGGUCACGCCUCCGGAGGACACCACCCCCAAGGAGACUCAGGACGACGACCUUGACGAUCUGAAGAAGGUCACAGCUAAGGAGGAAGAAGAUGAGGGUGUUGUCAUCACCCAGGAGACCAAGAAAAAAAUCCAACUCCUUAUUGGUGAGAAGACGGAAGGAGGGGAUGACAAGAAGGAUGAAGAAAAGGAUCACGACGAAUCAGAGAAAGAGAAGAAGGAUGAUGAAGAAGGAGAGAAGGAAGGAGAGAAGGAGUCAGGAGGAGGAGAUGAGGGGACGGUCCAGUAUUACCUGUCGCCGGAGGAGAGGAAGAGAGAGGCUGAGGAGCGGUGGCAGAGGGAGGAGCAGGAGAGGAGGAGGAAGGAGAGGGAGGCCAGACUACCCAGAAUGACUAAGCAGUCCUUGCGACAGCUCUGUAAGCAGCACAAGUUGUACCUGACUCCUGCACUGAACGACAUCCUCUACCUGCACUUCAAGGGUUACGGUAAGAUAGAGAACCUUGAGGAGUACACGGGACUGAAGUGUCUGUUCCUGGAGAGUAACGGACUCAGGAAGAUCGAGAACCUGGACGCACAGACAAACCUCAGGUGUCUGUACCUGCAGCAGAACCUGCUCACUACCAUAGAGAACCUGGAGUGCUGCCCUCAGCUGGACUCUCUGAAUGUCAGUAACAACAGCAUCAGGAAGAUCCAGGGGCUGGCGUGCCUUCCUGAGUUCACCACCCUUCAGAUCGCCCACAACCGUCUUGAGACAGCGGAAGACCUGGAGCACCUGCGGGGGUGUAAGAAGCUCAGCUCCCUGGACCUGUCCCACAACAAGAUCAACGACCCCAAGGUCAUCGACAUCCUGGCUGACAUGGAGAGCCUGAGAGUGGUGAACCUGAUGGGGAAUCCUGUCAUCAAGAAGAUCCCAAACUACAGGAAAACAACCAUCGUCAGGCUGAAACAUCUGCAGUACAUGGAUGACAGACCAGUGUUCCCCAGGGACAGGGCCUGCGCUGAAGCAUGGUCCCGAGGAGGGAGGGAAGCAGAGAAGGCAGAGCGGGAAGUUUGGAUCAACAAGGACAGGAAGAGGAUUCAGGACUCUGUAGACGCUCUGCUGAAGAUCCGUGAUAAGGCUGAGGCAGCAAGGAAAAUCCGCGAGGCUAAAGAACGACAGGAGAGGGGAGAACCAGCCGUGCCAUAUGAUGAUGAGGGGGAUGGAGUCACUCAUCAGGAGCAAGAGGAGGGAGAAACCACUCCGGAGCAAAGUGGAGUCACUCCGGAUCAAGAGGAGGAAAGAGUCACUCCGGACCGAGGGCAGAUGCACAGGCUGGUGAUUGAAGACGUUCCCUCAUUGGACGAUGCACACAGUAGAGAGAAUGAAAAGGCUGAUCAGGAAAAGAUCAUCUUGGAUGACCUCCCAGAUUUGGAGGACAUUGACAUCACCGAGGAGGCAUCAACCUUUGAACCUCGACCCCGACCUUCCCCUCGACCUUUCAUCGAAGUCCUCGGGUCAAGUCAAAGCGCUCCGUCCAAGCCACCUGUGGAAGAACUCAAACCCUCUCCAUCUUCUAAACCUCAGAUAGAAGAAAUUUCUGGCAAUACAAGUGACAAGCUCUUUACACCAUCCAAGAGGAGGCUUCUGAUUGAAGAAAUCGGUAGCCAAUCAGAUGUUAGGAAACCUCUGACUACAGAGGGCAGCAACCAAUCACAGCCAAGAAGGCCUCUGAUUCAAGAAGUUGGCAGCCAAUCAGGCAUCAAGAAGACAGUUGAAGAGAAGAUUUGGGAGUUGGCAUCGUCUGGUGGGUCUACUGUGGGGAGGAGGACACACAACCCCGCCCCUGGGGAUGUCGAUACCAACCCUGGGGAUCCCAUCCCCACCCCUGAGGAGUUUAACCCUGAUGAGAUUGACUAGAACUUCUAUUUCUAGUAGAAGUCUGUUUCCAGACCUACAUGCGAAGAUUGCAAUGUUUUGUACAUAACUGUAAUAUGAUAGAGGGUUGUAGCUGUUGUGUUCUAGUUAUGUAUUAUACAGAUGCCUUACAUGGAACUGCCGAUUGGAUAGACAUCUUUUAAAGUAUAUACUCCAGUAUGUUUGUUUGAUCAUCAUGUAUUUAUUAUAUCAUGAUUGUAUUUGUUGAAUUGUUGGGGUUUUCAAUAUAAUUCAAGAAAUGGGACUCAAUGCUUCUGU